AAAACCAUACUGGAGGAGGAGAGUGACGGAAUAAAAUGAAGUCAAUUAUACAACACACCGGCUCUCCGCGGCUCCCUCCUCUCUCCAUCUCCGCCACUACUGCUACAGCCGGCGGCUCCACAUGCGCUGCGGCGCUCCCGUAGCUUCCAACCGGGGCACACCGGGCUCUCCAGUCCGCCGGCAUGUCGGCCGGUGGCUCCGAGGACAGGGCGGAAGAGGAAGAAGGGCCAGGCCAAGCGGUCCCGUCGCUGCCAGCUGUCGAGCUGCCACGGAAACGAAAGGGAGAUGUGGAGGAGAGGUCAGACGCACAUGUACAGCAAAACCUUGACUUCCAAAUGGACGAUGACCUCGACAGAUCUGAAGGAGAGGAUCAGCAAGUCAAAAUGAAAUGCUUCAGGGAACCUCACCGCCAGAUUGAGAAGCGGCGAAGGGAUAAAAUGAACAACCUCAUUGAAGAGCUGUCGGCCAUGAUCCCCGCCUGUCAGCCCUUGACUCGAAAACUUGACAAGCUCACAGUGCUGCGGAAGGCGGUCCAACACCUCAAAGCCAUGAAAGUUGGGACGAGCGGCGCCUUCACAGACGCCAACAACAAGCCUUCCAUCCUGCCUCACGACGACCUCGGGCACCUUCUGCUGAGUGCUGCGGACAGUUUCCUGUUAGUCGUAAGCUGUGACCGGGCGAAAAUCAUGUUUAUCUCUGAGUCAGUCUCCAAGAUCCUCAACUUAAGCCGGUUGGAGCUGACUGGCCAGAGCCUGUUCGAUUUCAUCCACCCCAAAGACAUCAACAAGCUGAAGGAGCAGCUGUCGUCGUCAGAGCUGCACCCUCGCCAACGCCUCAUCGAUCCGGCAACUGGCGCUCAGGUCCAGGCGGACGCCCCCGUCAGAGGGUCCCACCUGUCAACCGGGGCCCGGCGGGCUUUUCUCUGCCGCAUGAAGCACAGUCGUUUGGCGGGGAAGCACAAAGACAAACGCCCCUUGCCCAGUGCUUCCAAACAGAAAGACACUUACAGAUACUGCACCCUCCACUGCACUGGGUACAUGCGGAGUUGGCCAGGAAGCCAGACGGACUCUGAGGGAGACGGCGAGAAAGAAACGUCCCAUCUGACCUGUCUGGUGACGGUGUGCCGCCUCCACCCCCACGCGUCCCACCACCCGCCCAAAGACAUCUCCACCAAGCCCCCCGAGUUCGUCACCCGCUGUGCGAUCGACGGCAAGUUCACUUUUGUAGACCAACAAGCCACCACAGUCAUUGGUUAUCUGCCGCAGGAAGUUCUUGGCACGUCGUGUUAUGAGUACUUCCACCAGGACGACCUGCAGCACCUCGCAGAGAAACACAGGCAAGUUCUUCGAAGCAAAGAGAAGAUUGAGACAAAGUGCUACAAGUUUAAAACAAAAUAUGGCUCCUACGUUUCCCUCCAAAGUCAGUGGUGUAGUUUCACAAAUCCAUGGACCAAAGAAGUUGAGUUUAUCGUGUCUCAAAACAGGGUUGUCUCCAGGGGGCCUGGUCACACAAAAGAUGACAAGGAGGCCGGCAGCUCAAAAGCACUUGAGGGUAAAAAAAAAGAAAUGCACAUCGAAGACACAAAGCAACUAUCCAUAAUUCCUGGCCUUUCCAGCGGUUUAGGCAUCAUGAUCUACGCAGGCAGUUUAGGGACCCAAAUCGCCAACGAGCUCAUCGACGGCUACAGGGUGAACUCCUCUCCAUCAAGCGGAGCUUCCAGUCCGUUCGGCCCGGGCCAGGAGAAAUGUCCACAGGUUUCCCCACAAACCAGUAGGAGUGCAUCCAGCAGAGAGGACACAGCAGGCAGUUCAUCACAGUCCCAGCCUGACUCGAGGACAGCAACGGGCACUAACAGUGGGUUAAGUACAGGUGGGCCAACUCAGCUAGACUUGGACAACAUGGUCCCGGGCCUGAGCAGCUUCAGCAACGAUGAGGCCGCCAUGGCAGUCAUCAUGAGCCUCCUGGAGACGGACGUGAACAUGGGCCAGUCGGAGGACUUUGAGGACUUACACUGGCCUUUCUAGAAGGGGCACGUACAAACUGUCCGCCCCUCUAUGCUCUCUUGUGCCGUUUUCUUGCCGUUUGCCAAGAACGCGGGCUUGUUCAUUCUGUGACUGGCUGAUUUGGGUCCUGCACAGUUAAACCCUCCGGUCUCGAGAGAUUCAACCGUGGACGACGUUGUAACUCAAUUAUGGAUGCUGAUCUCUUCACGGUUUUCACGAGACACUACGGCUACCCCAGCGCGCUAGUGCUCCCAAGGUUAAUUGCAGCCUGUCACUGAAUGAGAUAAAAUAAGAAUCCCCUUGCCUAGAUGUUCGAAUGCUAUACAAGGAGGCUAAUAGACCAGGUCUUGUUCAAUGAAGAUUAUUUGGCGAUAUGUCUUUUGUCAGAUGAUGGUGAUGAGAGGAUUCUACUCGCAUCUAGUUUUCACCAAAACUACUUGCUUUAAUAAAUCCUCACCUGAGGCGCCACUUUCAGCAUCGAAGCUGAAUACAUAUUUCAUGGCUGAGGUCUGCUACCUCCCCACACACACACACACACACACACACACACACACUUGCUGGACCCGCACCAAAAGCUGCAACACUACAUACUCGAGGAUAGAAGUUUAAGUUAAUAGCCUUUGGGUAAUUCCAUGAGUGUCUUCUUCAGUGACACUUCAGCAUCGUCAUGGGGACUCGAGUCCAGCCUUUCCACAGCAGAACAGUCUUAUGCAUCCGCUCUGCUGCCCCCCCCCCCCCCCCGCCACAAAACGAGUAACCAAGGUCUGAAGGACAGACCAACUCCCACCAUAUGCAGUGCUGCUUGAAAAAAUGGACUUACAUUUUUUUUAUGCUUUUUUUAAAGAUGGUUCAAAAAAAGCAGGUCGAUUUCAUGCGCGCUCUGCAGCCAUCAUGUGGAACUUUGCUGGACACUGGAAAUUUGCACACACACAGGAAUUACGGCACAGAAUUAGCACAUGAUCAGGAACUGUAAACCCAACUAAGUCUAACAAUUUGUACUAGGCGUAUGCAAAGUUAACAACAUUCGUGAUUUUAGUAUUGAUUGGAAUGAGCGACCACAUUUUACACCAGUUUUAGAGCGGACGGUAAAGGUGAACACCCAUUUGCUUCAUGUCUAAAAAGUGAAAUCAAAUGACUUCUUCUCCUCUCACUGUUACUCUGGAAAAUGGACUGAGAUGAAAGUUGUUUUUUUAAUUGGCUUGUUUAGUAAACUUUUUUGCCUUGCAGUGACACACUGCUGCAGCACCCCCUCAUGGCAGCUACCUCCAGCUUCGAGUUGAAAGACACUUCUGUCAAAAAUCCUAAAUACAACUAUUCUCAGAGGGGCAUUUUCAAGUGUAGGGUGGUCCUUGAAAUGGAGCGCUCUUCCAUAAAGUUUGCGACGUGUCUGUUUUAAUACUGUAUGUGCACUAAAGGACUGAGCCCUAGUACGCCUAUGCUGUAUUCGCAUAUCAAUUAUUUGCUGUGCUCUAGACAGUUCUGUGAAGGACAUAUACUGUACACUGAACUCCUGGAAAAAAUGUAGAUGGUCCGCCAUGGAUGUGCAAAUGUGGAAGUGUCAACAAUGGACGAGCCAGUAUUCUUUAAAGGAAGAUUUGUGUCAUAUCCUCGCUCCUUACCCCCUCCCGUUGCCCUAAAUAGUAUUUGCCUUCGACUGGACAGAAAUUUGCCAUUCAUGCUGCUAGGGAGACGUUUUUUUUCUAUCUUUGAAUAUCCCAUUACCACAAGGCCUCUUGUUAAAGUACGAACGACAUUGAAACAUCUCAACUUUAUUUUUUCAAACGGCGAUAAAAUCAGAGGAGAGGUUGAACACAGAAACCAAUUUUAACACUAGCAAUGCGGCCACAGGGCGGGUUUUAGGGGUCGGGGCAAUAAGGCGUAGCCACAAACGUGAAUUAUUUUACAUCUGACGUACAUAAUUAAAAAAUUGUUAUUUAUUCGUGAAGAUGUGACUCAAUGUCAAAGUGUUUUGCCCGAUCUCACUACGGCAAAGAAUCUUUCAAAAAAAUUUUUGAUCCAAAAAACGAAUCCACUUGUUAACAUGAACCCGUCUAACAAACAAACCGAUCCAAUCACACAACUACCUCGGCAGAGGGAAUUGUUUGUUAGCGCAGUGUGACUCGUGAAUCGUACGCUACACUGAUAUUAACAGUGUGAGACUUCUCGGGGGUGGAUUUUAAAAACCUGGUGACCGGCCUUCGUGUGUAAAUUCUGGUUUUAUCACUGGUUCCUCUUGUCUUGAAAGCAUAAUGUGAUGUGUGUUGCCUUGGAUCACACGCUGUUUCAGCACAAGGUUUGAUUGUGAAUCAACAUAUUAUGCGCUCUUUGGCUUUAAAAGGAAAAAAAACUGUUGGUAUUCUGGACAAUAUUUGCUCUGGCCAUCAGUGCCAUUUGAAAUGGACACUCAAGCAUUUUGAACAUACUCUGCUAAGGACAAGGUUUUUGAUAUUUGUAUGUGCAACCUGUUGUUGAUGUAUCUGCUGUAACAAGGAAUUGGAGGUUUAACUUUACUGAAAGUAAACAGCUUUUUCAUAAA